UUUGCGCAAUUCUUCACUUUCUGUUUUUUUUCCUCUUCUCUGUUUCUGAUUCUCAUUCUCUCCUAUUUGUUUUAUUGUUUGGCAACGCAAGACCCGAACCAGAAGGUGGUUAAUUUUUGCAAAUUAGAGAAAACCCAGAGAGGAAAAACCUCCUCCAAACCCUUCCUUUUUUCCAUCCUUUGACAUUGAUAUGGUCGAGACGCGACGGAGCUCUUCCUCUUCCAAACGCCCCCUUUCCUCUCCCCCUCCCACUUCUUCUAAACGAUCCAAGGCAUCUGAGCCGGCUUUGUCGUCCAACAAUGGAGCUGCGGUUUCUGGACCAGUUAACGAAACCUUAGGUCCACCUAAGGAAUCCGGGUCGGACUCACGGGUAAUGGAGCUCCGAUCCUCUGAUCUACGGGUGUCCGAUUCGGCUAAGGCCGUUGAUGCGUCUCCCAUCGAUAAGCCUGCCGUUGCUGAUCUGGAGAACGGUACUUUGGUGGCUCCGCGGUCCUCAGGAGAAGCUGCUGUAGAUGCGGAUAAAGUGGAGACGGUUGCUGCAGGGCUUACUGGUCGGGCUAAGAACAGGCCAAUUAAGCCUGCUAAGUUAGGUUCUAAAUUCCCGUGGGGAAAGCUUCUUUCCCAGCAUUCUCAAAAUCCUCACUUAGUCAUGUGUGGCACACCAUUCACCGUUGGACAAAGCCAUCAGUGCAACUUAUGUCUUAAGGAUCACAAUAUUAGCGCUGUUUUGUGCAAAGUGAAGCACAUAGAGAGAGAUAGAACUUCCAUUGCCUUGCUAGAAAUUACAGGAGGAAAAGGUUCUGUCCAGGUUAACGGUAGGACUUACCGUAAAAAUACUAGUUUGAUCCUAAAUGCUGGAGAUGAAUUAAUUUUCACUAGUACUGGGGAUCAUGCUUAUAUUUUUCAGCAGCUUACCAAUGAUAACUUAGCAGCCCCAGGCUUACCUUCUUCUCUAAGCAUUUUAGAAGCCCAGACUGCUCCUAUAAAAGGUAUUAUUGAGGCACGACCAGGGGAACCAUCUGCUGUUGCUGGGGCAGCAACAAUAUUGGCUUCUUUGUCAACAAAAGAAAAUUCUGAGAUGUCCACUCUACCUUCUGGUUGUGAGGUGUCAGAUGACUGUGUUCCAGAAGUUGACAUGAAGGACAGUGCUAGUAACACUGAUCCAGCAACUGCUUCUUCAAGGGAGAAAACUGUUCCUUCUGUACCGGACGCUGCUAAUGAAAACCCUAAUCGUGAUAGACUUGGAUUAGAUGAUGGUAUGGAUGCUGACAAUACGAAGAUCCCAGGGGCAGGUUACUCUUUAAGGCCAUUAUUGCAUAUCCUUGCUGGUACUUCUACUGACUUUGAUUUUAGUGGUAGUAUUGCCAAAAUUCUAGACGAGCAAAGGGAAAUUAGAGAGAUGCUUAAAGAAUUUGAACCUCCUUCGGGUUUGGUAUCAACCAAGCGACAAGCAUUUAAAGAUAGUUUACAAGACAGCAUUCUCAAUCCAGACAAUAUAGAUCUCUCUUUUGAAAAUUUUCCGUAUUAUUUGAGUGAUACAACAAAGAAUGUUUUGAUAGCCUCAACCUAUGUGCAUUUGAAGUGUAGUAAAUUUGCGAAGUAUGCCUCAGACCUUCCUACCAUGAGUCCUCGUAUAUUGUUAUCUGGUCCUGCAGGCUCAGAAAUAUAUCAGGAGACAUUGGUUAAGGCACUUGCAAAACAUUUUGGUGCUAGAUUGCUAAUUGUCGAUUCUCUUCUGUUGCCUGGAGGAUCAACAUCAAAAGAUGUUGAUGCCGUGAAAGAAACUUCAAGGGCUGAAAACGUAACUGUAUUCGCCAAAAGAGCUGCACACCCUGCUGCUUUGCAGCAGAAGAGACCAACUUCUAGUGUUGAAGCUGAUAUAACUGGUGGUUCUUCACUGAGCUCCCAAGCUUUGCCAAAGCAGGAAGUAUCUACUGCAACAUCUAAAAACUAUACAUUUAAGAAAGGUGAUAGGGUUAAGUUUGUAGGUUCCGCAUCGCCGUCUGGAUUUUCUUCUCUAGAACCUGCUUUAAGGGGACCGAUGAUUGGUUUUCGGGGCAAAGUAGUCCUUGCAUUUGAAGAAAAUGGUUCCUCAAAAAUUGGGGUCAGGUUUGACAGAUCUGUUCCAGAAGGAAAUGAUCUUGGUGGGCUUUGUGAAGAAGAUCAUGGGUUCUUCUGUUCUGCCAGCUCACUUCGCUUGGAGUGUUCUGGAGGUGACGAUGUUGACAAGCUGGCUGUUAAUGAACUUUUUGAGGUUACAUUGAAUGAAAGCAAAAGCGGUCCAUUGAUAUUGUUUGUGAAAGACAUAGAGAAGUCUGUGGCUGGAAAUACAGAUGUGUAUGCUUCCUUGAAGAGUAAGGUUGAGAAUUUGCCCGCGAAUGUUGUAGUAAUUGGUUCUCACACCCAGAUGGAUAGUCGUAAGGAAAAAUCUCAUCCUGGUGGCCUUUUGUUCACAAAGUUUGGAGUCAACCAGACUGCUUUACUUGAUCUUGCAUUUCCGGAUAAUUUUGGUAAACUUCAUGAGAGGAGCAAAGAAACACCUAAAACCAUGAAACAAGUUACUCGGCUUUUUCCUAACAAAGUGACAAUCCAGUUGCCUCAGGAUGAAGCUUUACUUUUAGACUGGAAGCAGCAACUGGAGCGUGACACUGAAACUCUUAAAGCUCAGUCAAACAUUGUUAGCAUUCGCUCAAUUCUCCAUCAAAAUGGCUUGGAUUGCCCUGAUCUUGAAACAUUCUGCAUUAAGGAUCAAACUCUUACAAAUGAGAGUGUGGGGAAAGUUGUUGGCUGGGCCCUAAGCCAUCAGUUUAUGCAUUCUUCUGGAGUAUUGUUGAAAGAUGCUAAACUUGUAGUUUCAACUGAAAGCAUUAAGUAUGGUCUGGACAUUUUGCAAGGCAUUCAAAAUGAGAGCAAAACUUUGAAGAAAUCACUUAAGGAUGUGGUCACUGAGAAUGAAUUUGAAAAGAAACUUCUUGCUGAUGUUAUUCCACCAAGUGAUAUUGGGGUUAGUUUUGAUGAUAUUGGAGCCCUUGAAAAUGUCAAAGACACCUUGAAGGAAUUGGUGAUGCUUCCCCUUCAAAGGCCCGAAUUGUUUUGCAAGGGACAGUUGACGAAGCCCUCUAAAGGAAUAUUGCUUUUUGGGCCCCCUGGUACUGGUAAAACGAUGCUUGCCAAGGCUGUUGCAACUGAAGCUGGUGCAAACUUUAUUAACAUAUCAAUGUCCAGCAUUACUUCAAAGUGGUUUGGUGAAGGAGAGAAGUAUGUUAAAGCUGUUUUCUCUCUGGCCAGUAAAAUUGCACCAAGUGUUAUUUUUGUUGAUGAGGUUGAUAGCAUGUUAGGAAGAAGGGAGAAUCCAGGUGAACAUGAGGCUAUGCGUAAAAUGAAGAAUGAAUUUAUGGUAAAUUGGGAUGGCCUUCGUACAAAGGACAAAGAACGAGUAUUGGUUCUUGCUGCCACAAAUCGGCCAUUUGACCUUGACGAGGCAGUCAUCCGGAGGCUUCCUCGAAGAUUGAUGGUUAAUUUGCCAGAUGCUCCAAAUAGAGAAAAGAUUUUGAGAGUUAUAUUAGCCAAAGAGGAAUUGUCACCCAAUGUUGAUUUGGAAGCUAUUGCAAAUAUGACUGAUGGAUACUCUGGAAGUGACUUGAAGAACCUUUGUGUGACUGCUGCACAUUGUCCCAUAAGAGAAAUUUUGGAAAAGGAAAAGAAGGAGAGAGCGUUGGCUGCAGCUGAGAGUAGACCUUUGCCUUCCUUGUAUAACAGUGCUGACAUUCGUUCUCUGGAAAUGGAUGAUUUUAAAUAUGCACAUGAGCAGGUGUGUGCCAGCGUGUCAUCAGAGUCUACAAAUAUGAAUGAGCUUCUUCAAUGGAAUGAGUUAUAUGGAGAAGGUGGAUCAAGAAAGAAAAAACAACUAAGCUACUUCAUGUAGAAGAGAGGUAUCGUUAUUUAUUUAUAGCCAUUCCUUUUUCCCUUUUCAUUCUUGGAUGUCACCAUAAAAGGUGGCCAAGUUGAGAAACCUGUUUGAGGAAUCCAAUUUGCAGGUCCCAGCUUCCUUGUGUAUAUAGGUUUUCAUAAAUUUCAGGGUCUUGAUGUUAGCAGUUUUAGAAUGUUUAUCGAGCAGGUUUACUUUGUUAAGAGCAUUUUUCCUUUAUCUUUUGCUUAUUUCCUCUAGUGGCACCUAACUUCUCUGCCUGUACAGAAAAGUAACAAAUUGAGCAAUGAAGUAAUUCUUUGUAAUUUUAUAA